UGGUUUAAAGCUGAAGCUACUUGAUCUACUAUUACAUAUACGCCCCUUACAAUUUUACAUUCUUAAGGAUUGUUUACCUAAUAGACAUAUACAAGUACUUGUAGAGAUAGUAACGUAAAAAACUAGCUCUGCUUUCGCUCUUUGUUGCUCGCUUUGUAAAGUUGUGUAGUGGAUAUGCGAACAUUCUCUAUUUUGUAGGUGAUUACAUCAUUAUUUUUAUCUUGAGUUUUAGUUCAAAUUGGUUUCCAAAGACGAAACUAUUUUCAAGUGACUUAUGAAACUGAAAAACAUACUCUAACAAGUUUUAAGUGCUCUCUCGAGGCGAGUGCACUCGCCAUUGUGUUGAGAGCGAUAACAAUCCAAGUUAGAAUUUUAUGGACAUGCAAAUAGAGUUUGCGUCCUUAAGCGAACGCAUGGAGUAACGAGUAUCAAACCGUAUAAUUUUAACGGCAAUGAACUGAUAUCUUACGAUUUACGCUCGUAGUUUGUGGUUUACAAAGUGGAAGCAGUUUUUUAAAAAUGGUCAAAGUGAACAGACAUCUUUUGCCCAUAAAGGCGCAUUUCUUUUUCUUCCAAGCCGCAAUGGGUCCCAUACUGCCGCAGCUGACGGUGUAUGGCAAGCAAUUGGGCAUUCCACCAGAUGUGAUGGGUUAUAUAACAUCGGUGCUGCCGAUCAUAUAUGUGAUAGCGAAACCUAUGGACAUUGUGACAGCUGAUUUAUUCAUUUAUUUUAGCAUUUUCGUAAAUUUAUUUUCUCUUACUCAUUUACUGAUGACGCUUUCUUAUGCUGCUUUCUACUUUGUACCGCCUGCCGUACCGCAUGCCAUCAAUUUGGAUGUAACGGGUUGGAAUUUCAAUUUUGUUGCGGCAGAUUUGGUGAACUGCUCUUCGGAGAUAUUAACACCUACCGCACUUUGCUCGGAACGCGUCCGGCGCUGUAGCUUUGACACCUAUAAUAACACCGAUUUCGUUGCAUACUUUACGGCUACCGCAACAGCGACUGCACAGCAGCUCAACUUAACGAACAGCGUGUGGGCACCAAGCGAGGCUAAUAUGUGCAUCAAUCCAGCGGAUUAUAACAACACCAUUGACUUCCCGAACGCCGACAACAUCACAUGUCACUUCGCAUCGGAAUUGCAAACGGAUUGCAUAUACAGAAAUGCCACCUUCUGGCUAUUUGUGGUCUUCAUGUGUCUCGGCACCAUUGGUUUCAAUGUGGUCAAUUCGAUAUCGGAUGCGAUUUGCUUCGAUAUGCUUGGCGAAUCGGGGGAGGGUAAAUAUGGUGCACAGCGUGUUUGGGGCACAAUCGGUUAUGGGCUUACUGGGCUGCUGGCCGGUAUUGCGGUGAACCUUUGGACCACAGAUGCGCUAAAAAGUUUCACACCUGCACUGAUUGUGAUGAUGAUCUUCAGCGGUUUCGAUUUGCUAAGCGUUUCAAAGUUGAAACUUCCAAAACUCUCGUCAUCAGAGUCCAUAUUCAAGGAUGUCUGGAAAUUGAUGAGCCAUCCAGCUAUUACUGUAUUCCUGGUAUUCGCUACCAUAUCCGGCAUAAUCGAUUCAUUCAUCAUUUUUUACAUGUUCUGGCAUGUCGAAGAGGUGGCUGCCGAAACGGGCUUUAUGUCGCAGAUUAAGUUAAUUGAAGGCUUUGUUGUUGCCGCCGAGUGCGUUGUUGGCGAAGUGCCAUUCUAUUACAGCGGCAAGAUUAUCAAAAAACUCGGCUACGUACAUUGUAUGACUCUGUGCUUCUUCUUUUACGCCUUGCGUCUCGCGUUAAUCGGUUGGAUACCAAACCCUUGGUACUUAGUUGGUGUGGAAUUGUUUUUCUCAGGCAGCACCUAUGCGUUGUGCUACACGUGUAUUGUAGCUUACGCGUCAGCUGUGGCACCACCGGGAACUUCCGCCACCGUUCAGGGUCUAAUGGCUGGCGUUGAUGAUGGUUUGGGGCUCUCCAUUGGUUCGCUGGUGGGUGGUCUGGUCCUCAAACACUUCGGUGGUCGUCGUAGCUUCUACUACUUUGCAAUAUUCGCAUUUGCGGCAUGUGUGCUCCACAUGUUGGUACGGCCGCGUUCACGCAAACGUCAAUAUCUGCCGAAGAGUGGCUAUCAAGUGCCCAACGAGCAGAUGACACUCGGUACUGUGGCUGUAGAGGGAGAAAUUAAGGCGUGAUCAAGCAUAAGACUAUGGAAAUAUAUUACAUUAGAUUUGUUAUUUGUGACGUUUGAUAGUUGCACCUUUACAAUUUUAUUUGUAUAGUUUUGAAUUUGUAUUAUAAUGACAAUUUUAUGUACAGUUGGAUGGGUAAAAUAUGAAGUUGUUUAUUUGUACAUUUAUAUAUAAAUGCGAUAUCGUAUAGGU